AUGCUCAGAACACUGAUCUUCUUGUUCCUCCUCCAAGCUGUGGGGAGAAGAAAAGUGCUGGCAACUCUGAACGGCCACACCGACCGCGUCAACUGCGUGCAGUGGAUUUGCAGAAGAGACGGCACUGCUGAGACAGAAUUAAUUUCUGGAGGAACUGAUAAACUACUCAUUGUUUGGGAAAUACAGAAUAUUCAGCUUGUGAAAUGCAUUCACUUGGAAGGCCACACAGAUGCUGUUUGUGCUGUAGAUGCUUUGUACCAGACAGAUGAGUUAAAUCUGCUAAUAGCUUCUGCAGCAUCUGACUCGACUGUCAGAAUCUGGACUAAGAAGGGGUCAGAAGCUAACUGCAUUCAGACUUUGCAGUUUGGAAAUGGAUUUGUUAUGGAUGUCUGCUUAUCCUUCUUGCCUGCAAGCGAUGUACCAGUCUUAGCUUGUGGUGGUGAUGACUGCAAAAUUAAUUUGUAUGUACAACAGAAUGGACAGUUUCAAAAAAUGAUAAUACUCCAUGGCCAUGAAGACUGGAUAAGAGGCAUUGAAUGGACAGUCUGUGGUGAAGAUCUUUUCUUAGCAAGCUGUGCUCAGGACUGUUUGAUAAGAAUUUGGAAAGUGCAUGCAAAAUCAAUGCAGUCUUUGAAAAUCAAUGAUGAUGACUCUAUAAGGCUGAAGGAGGACAUUUUUACUGUUAAAAAUAAAAAUGCUGAGACAACGUAUGCAGUUACUCUGGAGUCAGUAUUAGCUGGCCAUGAAAACUGGGUGUAUGCAGUUCACUGGCAGCCUUCAUUUUUCAAAGAUGGCAGCAUUCAUCAACCAAUGAGACUACUGUCUGCAUCAAUGGACAAAACUAUGAUCUUGUGGGCUCCAGAUGAUGAAUCUGGAGUAUGGCUAGAACAGGUACGUGUAGGAGAAGUAGGUGGUAACACGCUUGGAUUUUUUGACUGUCAGUUCAGUUCAGAUGGCUCAAUGAUUCUUGCUCAUGCUUUCCAUGGAGCACUGCAUCUUUGGAAACAGACUCCAGCUAACAAGAAAGAAUGGACUCCAGAAGUUGUGAUUUCUGGGCACUAUAACUCUGUACAAGAUUUACAGUGGGAUCCAGAAGGGGAAUUUAUCAUCACUGUUGGUUCUGAUCAAACUACUAGACUAUUUGCUCCCUGGAAAAGAAAACACCAGACAGAGAUAACGUGGCAUGAAAUCGCAAGACCUCAAGUCCAUGGAUAUGACAUCCAGUGUUUGGCCAUGAUUGGCCGAUUUCAGUUUGUGUCUGGAGCAGAUGAAAAAGUGCUUCGAGUCUUUAGUGCGCCAAAGACUUUUGUGGAAAACUUUGGUAACAUCACUGGCAUUUUGAUGGAGAACCUGUAUUUCAAUCAAGCCACUGACCUUCCAGAAGGUGCAACUGUACCAGCUUUGGGGUUGUCCAAUAAAGCCAUCUUUCAGGGAGACAUAGCAGCUCAACCAGCUGAGGACAAGGACAAAUUUAAUAGCAUUUCUGAUCAGUAUCCUGAGAUUUACUUUCAACCCUUGAUCCUUACAGAACCUCCCACAGAAGAUCACUUGUUGCAGAAUACAUUAUGGCCUGAAGUUCAAAAGCUGUAUGGACAUGGCUAUGAGAUUUUUUGUGUUGCAUGCAACAAUUCAAAGACUGUAAUUGCUUCAGCAUGUAAAGCUUCUAAAAAAGAACAUGCAGCAAUUAUUUUGUGGAGCACCACUUCUUGGAAACAGCUGCAAAGUUUAUCUUUUCACAAUCUGACUGUUACCCAGUUAGCAUUUUCUCCUGAUGAUAAAUUCUUAUUAGCAGUUUCUCGAGAUAGGAAUUGGUCACUGUGGAAAAACCAAGAUAAACCAUCCCAUUUGGAACCAGUUUUCAGUCUGUUUGCAUACACAGAUAAAAACACAGCUGUGCAUAGUCGAAUUAUUUGGUCUUGUGAUUGGACCCCAGAUAGCAAGUAUUUUAUUACUGGAAGCCGAGACAAAAAGGUCGUGAUCUGGGGUGAGUGCGAUGCAACCAGAACUACUGAAGGGAGGGCAUUAGAUAAGAUCAAGCCAUGUUCUACAGUAAUGGAUGCUGGAGAUUCAGUCACUGCAGUCAGCAUCAGCCAAGUACUUGCUCCUGACAAAAGCUACAUUAUUGCAAUAGGGUUAGAGUGUGGGAAGAUUAAUGUAUACACAUGGAAGCAGUGUGAGGAGAAAUCAACAUUAAAUGACUGGACCAAAUGUCUUGAGACUGACAACAGCCAGAGUCACACUCUUGCUCUCAAACGGCUACGCUGGAGAAAUUGUGGGGGCAGAGCUGGGCAUGAUGACCAGAACAGCAGUGAAUGGUUGCAGCUUGCAAGUUGUGGAGCUGAUCACUUUGUAAAGAUAUUCAAUAUUAACAGAUAUGCUCUUUAGCUGAGUUAGCUGACACAGACAAAUAAAAUUAAUUUGCAGCUCUGUAUGUCAUGUUUGUUUUUUACCAGUUGACUCUUAAAUGUUCAUUUUCUAUUGCAAAAACAGGAAUGCCUGACAAUUGUAUUGAUCUAAUUUAUUAAAACAUCUUGAGUAACAGCCAAUGGCAUCUUGAAAUGUUAU